ACGUACGACCAGCGCGCCUGCGUCAUGGCGUGAUUCUAGAGCGACGCGCUACGUGCCGGAUUUGCGUUUCCCCGGAGACUGCGAUCUGUCAGCUUGAGUAGGGGGCGGGUAUCGGCCGAGAGGUGGCAGCAACAUGGGGACUCCCGGGGGCCUGCACUCGGACUUCGAUACGCUUCUCACCCGUUUCCAGGAGACCGACAGCGUCCGAUUCGAGGAUUUCACGGCGCUGUGGAGGGACAUGAAGUUUCAUACUAUCUUCUAUGGCAGAACGAGACAUAUGGAAAAGAACAAGUUCACAAAGGAAGCUUUAGCUCUGGCUUGGAAAUAUUUUCUACCUCCAUACACUUUUCAGAUCAGAGUUGGCGCUUUGUAUCUUAUGUAUGGACUGUAUAAUACACAACUCUGUCAGCCAAAGCAAAAGAUUAGAGUAUGCCUUAAGGAUUGGGAUGAAGUUAUGAAACUCCAGCAAGAUCUGACAAACGCACAACAUUAUGAUGCUUCUUAUAUUCUUAGGAAGCUGAGACUAGACAAAGCCUUCCAUUUUACAGCAAUGCCCAAACCUCUUUCAUACAGAAUGAAGAAAAAGAUUCCACGACCUGAAGUUACAGAGGAAUUUAAGGAGCCAAAUGACCGGGUAAUGAAGCUUAUCACUGCUGACACACUAGAGGAAAUUAUGAAUAUCCAUGAUCAUUACCAGGAAAUGAAGCAAAUAAUUUCAGCUGAUAAAUCCCAGCCUGACAAAGCCCUCAGCUUGAUAAAAGAUGAAUUUCUAGUUAACAUUAAGAACCUGGUUUUAGAACAUAAACAGUGGCAUGAAGACAAAAAGAAGCUAUUUACAAAGGUUAAAAAUGAAGAUGACCAAAGAGAAAAGGAAGGAAGUUCACAAGAAUUGGAAGGUUCUGAAAGAGCGGGAGCAUUAGCUAAAAUAAAAUCCAAGGCCUAUUCAAUUGUCACUCAGGCAUCCAAGUCCAGAAGACAUCGUCAAGUUAAACUUGAACCACUUGAGUCAGAAUUUGUUAAAAAGCUAGUCAAGACACCUAAUAAAAGAAACAAAGGAAAACUGGAAUCAGAAGAGGAAACAUCAUCUCCAAUUAAAGAGUUUUCAGCACCCAAGAGGAAAAGAAGAUGCUGAACAAAGAACCUGGAGUAUAGAGUUUUAUGAAAUUUUAAUUUCUGGACAGUUAAAAUCUUUAUGUGAUGAAGAUGAAGACAGCAGCUAUUAAAGCCAGCUAUUCUCUGUUUGUUAUGCAGUGCUACAGCAAUCCUUUGUGGAAAUUGGUUUCCACUGGUAUUUGUAUGCUCUCACAAUUGCCUUAACACAGUUGUGGCCGUGUUAAUUAUUACAUAUUCUUAUUUUAAAUUAACCUUUAGUUUAACUGAGAUGUACAUUACAUUGUACUUAGUUAUGGAUUAAUUUAUGACUUGAAUGGAACCAUCUUAUAUGGGUAAGUGCAAUAAACAUAUUUUUCUUUGUUACUACGAGACCAUAAAUUCAAUAAGAUAAAGUCAGUGCUUAGCACAAAGCUUUGCAUAUUGUAGGUAGUUAAUAAAUGUUGAAAAUAUAAGUGUAGCAAGUUCUUAAUAAAUGUUGAAUUGAAAUGCUUUGUUUAAUUUUUACAUGAAACUCCUGUUGGUAGUUCCUCCUGUCAAGAUCAUAGCUCAAUUGCUACUUUAUAACCAACCUAACUUUGUUUGUAAACCUCCUUUGUUUUAAUGAACUUUAAAUAACCAGACCAUUUAAAUAAUAUAUUGACUGAUCUUGAGUACAAGCAUAUUUUAAUAUAUGUUACUUCUAGGGAGUUAUUAAAACCUUCCAAAUAAAAUUUUAAAAUUU